AGUGCUCUGCACAUAGUAAGCGCUCAAUAAAUACUAUUGAAUGAAUAUAAGCGGCUGUGGCCACCGGCCGUGAGCCAGGGGUUUGGGAGGCGGCGAUGGGAGCGGGACAGGAACAUCUGAGCUCCGCACCCACAGGGACGCUGCUCCAGGCGGGAGAGGCCGGGAAAACUGGGAAAACCGGGAAUGCCGGGCGUGCACGAAGCAAAAGGCGGCCGCAGCUAAGGAACCCGGAGGACACGGGUAACUGGCCACUGACAAAACUUCUUGGAAAUGUUAAACCAGUUUGUAUUCAUCUGUUAGCUCUGGUUAUCACACUUCUGGCCUUCUUGGUGAUUGCUCUGUGCUGCAUGUUGGCAAUAGAAAAAGCCAAGCCUCUCCCAGAAUUCCCUAUAGCUGCUCCUUGCCCAGAUGACUGGAUUGGAUUCCGAGAGAAAUGUUACUAUUUUUCUGAAGACACGAGGAAUUGGACAUCUAGCCAGAGCUUCUGUUCCUCCCGCUCUGCCUCUCUCACUGGGAUUGACACUCAGCGGGAAAUGGACCUGUUGUUGCGACACAAAGGUCCCUCUGACCACUGGAUCGGACUGAGCAGGGAACCGGGCCAGGACUGGAAAUGGACAAACGGCACAAAGUUCACCGGCUGGUUUGAAGUUAAAGGAAGAGGAGAAUGUGCUUAUCUAAAUGAUGAAAGAGUUAGCAGUGCCAGAAGCUACACAGACAGAAGAUGGAUCUGUAGCAAACCUGGCUUUUAUGCCCAGAGGAGAAAAAAUGCUUCCAAGGAUCACCCACAGAACUCCCAAAUUGAAUAGGAGAUGUGCACUGUAAGUUGCUAUAUGCAGUUGCUGUCAGCUGGAUUGGGUUUUACUGAGACUGUUAUAGGAGAGAGCGCUAGGCUGGAAGUUAUCCCGGGCAGAUGGAUCUACCACCAUUUUGGUUUCGAUCUAGGAAUUGCAGUCAGUGAGGGCUGCCUGAAAGUCAACCACACGCUGAGGUUUCCCCCUCUCAGCUACACUGUACUGACGAUUCCCAAAAAGGAUGAAAUAGCAACUUACAAUGGGCAUUUCCUUUCCUGCCCCCUGCAUCCCUUUCUAUAACUGUCCUUCUCCCUAAACCCUUCCCCCGCAGGGUCGUAGACUGAGCCCCACGUGGAACAGGAAGAGUGUUUGACCCGAUUAAAUUGUAUCUACCCCACUGCUUGGCUCAUAGUGAGCACUGAACCAAUAGCACAGUCAUUAUCAUUAUUAUUGUCUCAGGAACCUUUCAGCCUGUGAGAAUGUGACAUUCUUACUCUACCUGAAAUAUCAGUACAGAAGAUAAUAAAGGUCUAUUAAAGCUGGUUUUUAUGAAGCGCUUCAACGUAUACGAAGUGUUUGGGCUUAAUAAAGCAUUUUUAGACCCUUUCACAGA